AUGCUGGUCCCGAUCUCAAGGACCAACCCGUGGUCCCACUCCCACGCCCACGCCCAGGGCCCGGCCGCCGACGCGGGCGCCGCCCGCCGCGAGAGCGGCGGCGGCGGCGCCUUCGCCCCGCCGUCGUUCCUGGCGCUCCUCUACCUCCUGGCGGGGCUCCUCGCCGUCUACAUCCUCCACGCCGCCGCGCGCCGGCUCUACGCGUGCUGCGUCCCGUCCGCCUCGCCGCCGCGGCAGCCUCCUCCUCCCCCCGCGCGGCCGCCGUGCCGGCGCGUGGACGCGGCCGAGGUGGCGGUGUCCCUGCCGGUGCGCGCCCACGACGGCGGCGCGGGCGGCGACGACGACGUGUGCGCGGUGUGCCUCACGGAGCUGCAGCUGCAGGAGAGCGUUAAGGCGAUACCGGCGUGCGGGCACGUGUUCCACCCGCCCUGCAUCGACCGCUGGCUCCAGUCCCUCGCUGCUUCCGGCGCCGGCCACGCCUCCUGCCCGCUCUGCCGCCGCUGCGCCGCCGACCCCGUCGACGAUGACGGCCCGCUCAAGCCACCCCAGCAGCAGCAGCAGCACGACGAGGAGGCGCCCGCGCCCGCGGCCGCCGCGUGA